GAAAAAAUAACUAAAAUAUCGACACCCACGCAAUUUGAGCGAAUCUUUAAUGGCUACACAGCAAGAAACUAUAUACGAUCAUUUGUCUACCUUUUCGCGAAGAAAAAUCUCCGUGCGCCGUUCAGGGAUCGCGCAGUGCCGUGUCUUUCCCGAGACCUUCCCCGUGCGGCCAGCCAUACCCGGGAAUUCCACGGAGAAAAUUACGCGGUCAGUUAUACGCGCGCGCCGCGUGAUCGCGUAUACGGAAUUUUGGAUUUAGACGGGAAGUUGAUCUUUGAGGUCAAUUAUCCGUUCCCGUUUCUAGGGACGCCCUCGCUAGCGCGAAAGCGAAGCGCGUUACGCGAUUUGCGAUUGCGUCAUAGUACGGAGCGGGCUUUUAGUAAAAGGCUCGUACAUAAAUCGCGCGUCAAAUGG